AUGGCUCCGUCGACGCAAUGUGCCGCCGCUCUUCCUGCGUGGUUUGGACUCUCAGCCCAGUACGGCGCUGGCUCUCUGUCACUCGAGGAGCUCCGCAUUGCGUACGCAGAGCUCCGUAAGAUGGACCCCGAAAACGUCUCAUCGGAUCCUGAGAAAUUUAUCACCGAUCUCGGGGCGACGACGACCGAAGACUGCCUCUUGCUUGACGUGACAAUUCCGAAGACUCCGGUCGUGGUCUGGAUUGUCGGGGGCGGAUACACGGUUGGUCACAAGAACGAUGCCGGAAAUCCUGCAGGUCUCAUCAAAAGGUCUCAAGAGGACGGCUCGGACGGCGUGAUUCAUGUCAGCAUCAACUACCGCCUCGGCCUCUUCGGGUGGUCAUCCGGUCCUUCAUACCAGGAACAGGGUGGUGUCUCCAACCUUGGGCUUCGAGACCAGCGCGCAGCACUCGAAUGGGUGCAGAAGCAUAUUCACCUAUUUGGUGGAGACCCUGGACAAGUAACCGCCUAUGGCGAAUCGGCUGGGGGAGGUUCCGUCAUGCACCAGAUCACGGCAUACGGGGCCACGAGUGGUGCGCCUUUCAGACGAGCCAUUCCGCAGUCCCCUGGUUUUGAGCCACUUCCUAGCACCAGUAAGCAAGAUUCUCGGUUCGACAGUGUCCUACGAUGGUCUUCGUAUUUCAGCGGGAUCAACGUCACCACCCUUGCCGAAUUGUUGGAAGUUCCAUUCGAUGUUCUGUGGAAGGCCAACGAGAUCACCAUCGCAACAGCCCACUGGGGCAACUUUGGAUGGGGCCCCGCAGUUGACGGUGACUUUGUCCCUGACCUGGCCGGAAGACUCCUUGACGAGGGCAAGUUCGACUCUUCCGUAGAAGUCUUCCACGGCAUAUACGACGGUACAUAUCCCUGGACCUCGCAAUUUGGACGCUCCGAAGCCACGCAUGGCGAAUUCGUGGUUCAGCUGCAAUAA